AAUGUAAUAAACCGUGGAGAGAGAGAGAGAAACAGGUAGAACAAACCAGACACAAAAAGGGGAACUUGCGUUUGUAGACAGAAGUACGGAAGGAGGCGUUUGCAGGACGGGACUGAGGAUCAGCACAUGUGAGAGAGCGGACAGAUGCCUGUAUUCAAGAUGCUUGAACCCAAGCAGGAUGAGCCGUGUGACCUCAGGGGCCAGAGAAUGACCUCAGAGGAGGACCAGUCGGACGCCACAGCCAGGAGCCUCACGCUGCUGGAGGACAUGUGUACCUCUCUGGAGGAGAACCCGGUUCCUCCAACACCUCCACCCUCCACCGAAGGAGAAGAUGGCCGGAGCACGGAGAGCAGCGUCCACGAGGACGAGGCCAAAGAGAAGGAGUUCUCGCACGCACACGCGCAAGACUGCGAUGAAGAAAAACAGCUGCUCGGCGACGAAGAGAAUGCGUCGGACACCAACGCUCCGCCUUCGUCCUCAUCUUCGUCGUUCGUCAUCCCCGAGCUUCGAUUGGAUCGCUCCUUCAGUGCGGACGCCCUCUCCACCCCCGGCACCGAUGAAGAGUACGAGGACGAGGAUGAAGAGGAGGACGAUGACGAGGAGGAGGAAGAUAGUGACGAGAACUACCUGGAGCGCAGUGACAGUAAACGCAGGAGCAUGGUGGAAGCCUCUUCGUGUGAGAAGCACCCGAGCGGACUGAGCGUGCAGAACUCCCUGCGCAGACGCACACACAGCGAGGGGAGUCUUCUCCAGGACCCGCGCACCACCUGCUUCACCUCUGAUAACGCCAUACACUGCAUGGAGGGCUCAGGGACGCACGCGGGCGGCUGGACGCUUCCCUCACCCAGGACCCUGAAGAAAGAGCUGACGAAGAACGGAGGGUCCAUGCAUCAGCUGUGCAUGCUGUUCUCCGGCAGAAAGUUGAGCGCCGGCUCUGAAUGCAGCUGUGACUCGGGUCCUGACGGGGCCAAGAAGAAGAAGUCCAAAAACCUGGCCAAAGACAUGAAGAACCGACUCGCUUUCCUGAGGAGGAGGAAUGAGUCUCCCGGAAGCACCCCGGUCGGCAAGCUCGACAAAACCUUGAAGUCUAUCAAGCCCACUCCAGAAGAGGCGAUGAAGUGGGGCGAAUCGUUGGACAAGCUGCUCGUCCACAAAUAUGGGCUGGCGGCGUUCAGAGCUUUCUUGCGCACAGAGUUUAGUGAAGAGAACCUGGAUUUCUGGCUGGCUUGCGAGGAUUACAGGAAGAUUAAAUCGCAGUCCAAGAUGACAUCGAAAGCUAAGAAAAUCUAUGCGGAAUUCAUCGCCAUCCAGUCCUGUAAAGAGGUGAAUUUGGAUUCCUACACCAGGGAACACACUAAAGAGAACUUGCAAGACAUCAAUCGCUCGUGCUUCGACCUGGCCCAGAGGAGGAUAUACGGCCUGAUGGAGAAAGACUCGUACGCUCGAUUUCUGCGCUCGGAGCUCUACGUGGACUUAGUGAAUCAGAAGAAACCAAGCAGCACAUCGACAUCCUCCUCCUCCUAAGACGACGCCGAGAGAGACGCUAUAAGAAGUUACUAGCAUUCACUUAGCAUUUCAUCGUAUUCAGCCAUUCUAUCUGUCGAUGUGGCAAAAAGACAGAAACGCGGAAACGAGGCGUCGUUUACAAACGGUGAAAGAUGGCGCUGGACGAGUGGCUGGAUAAUGCUGGUUGUUCCCAUUUGAAUGUCGUUUAAUUUGCGUACUGGAGAUUUAUCGUCGCCUCUUCAACACCAUGGGUACUGUUAACCUCUUCCUCUCCUAAUGCCAUUUCACCAUUUCACCGUGACUUUCCUGAAACGUCAAGGCACGUAUGGUCAUGCACUUACUGGUGUUCCUGUGAACCUUCCUCCACCACAAAAGGAGGAACGGACCGAACGUUUGGCUCCGGACCGUCGAUGAUCUCUGAAGACUGUACAAAACAUGCUUAGCUGUGAUCUGCAACGCCAAUAAGCCAUUCAUUGUAGCGACACAUAUUAGGAAUGAAAGAGACAGUAUUCUCAGGAUAUUACGGCACUCAACUAUGAAGCUUCCAGACUUAUUUAACCCUUUGUUUCCUCACCUUUCGGACUUUAGGUUCAAUCAUGCACUCGAUAUUUAAUGGGGCGCGAGGUCCCUUCGUUUGUUAAUAAGAAAGACGACGUGUUUAACCAGUACAAAAAUGUAGUUAUUUAUUAAUAAGUUUCACUGGUUGCUUUGUUCAUUGCACUCAGCUGAAUUUCCCUUUUCCACUUUGAUCCAGGUCAGCCGCUGUCCUGAUGUAAGUGCAAUAUGUUUUAUUAUUUUUAUUUGUGGACUUAUCUUAUGGAUAGGUUUACCUUUUGUAUGAAAAAGACAAUGGAUUGAGCUCUGCAUUAAUAUUAUCGUAAGUUACAGGUAAUGUAAGGACUGCAUUAGUAUGCCAAUUAUUCGAACUGUGUUUCCCUGGCAGCAGGCAGCCGGGUUAAUGGAUGUAUAUAUGAUUCUUAAGAAAAAAAAAACUGGUUAAAAAAGAUAAAAACACACCUUAUGUAAAUAUGUGAACCUUAAAGCUAUAAAACGACAUGUCGGGGUGGCGCAGGUAUGGUCGUCCUGUGCUUUCGGACGAGCACUGCUUGUAAGUAGUUAUAUGAAAUGUAUUUUAUCAUUUUCACUGUUUACAAUUCCAACGCAUCUCCUAAGAUAGCAAGUGCAAGAGAAAAUAGAGGUUUAAAAAGUGUCAUUACAAAACACAAAUAAAACAUUUAGAUGGUAAAAAUCGACAA